AUGAUCGGCCUCGUACAGCCACUGCACGAGCUGCUCAAAGUGAAAACUAUGGACUCCACCAAUAUAGUGUGGCGCUUACAUAGUCGUGCUACGGUGUACUUACUAGUUUUCUUCACGGUUCUGUUGUCCGCACGUGCUUACUUUGGUGAGCCAAUCGAUUGCAUCACCAGUGCAUCCUCCGGGAUAAAGCAAAGUAUGAAUAGUUUCUGCUGGACGUUGGGCACAUAUAUUAGCAACGAUUCAAAAUUUGUUCGUGCCAAUUGGAAUUUCAUCGAGAUUGGAGAGAAAAUGGGAAAAAUUCCCAAAGAAGAACGCGUCUACCAAAAGUACUAUCAAUGGGUUUCUUUUAUACUUGCCAUACAAGCAUCCCUGUUUUCGCUACCGAAACAUCUUUGGAGAUUUUUUGAAGGAUUUCGUAUGGCAACCUUGUGUAGAGGAUUGACUUCGAUCUUGCCGCCGGAUGACUGGGAUGCCAGGAGAAAAUCCAGCACUUUGCACUAUUUAACACGGGAGCCUCGUCGGAAUCAACUAAAAUACGCGUUCAUGUUCUAUUUUUGCGAGCUGCUAAACUUUCUAAUUGUCAUCCUAAACAUGCUCUUGUUGAAUUUCAUCUUCGGUGGAUUUUGGUACAGCUAUCAGCCGGCUGUGCAGGCUCUUUUCAUGCUAGACAUGGACUCGUGGGUAUCACAAAACUCAUUAGUUUUUCCGAAGUUAGCAAAAUGCGAGUUUUUGACUGUCGGGCCGAGCGGAAGCAAACAAGUUCAUGAUGCUUUGUGCCUACUCCCUCAGAACAUUGUAAACGAAAAGAUAUUCGCCUUUUUAUGGUUAUGGUUCAUCUGCUUGGCGAUUGUCUCCGGAUUACAAAUUUUCUACAGAUUAACUCAACUAGGCUGCCAAAGCGUUCGUGUGCAGCUACUUUACUCUCAGCUAGCCCCCAUCAGUCACAGUCGCGUUAAGAGAGUUGUUCGCGAAGCCAACUUUGGGAAGUGGUUUCUGUUGUAUCAAAUGUCGCGAAACAUCAACAGAGAUGUAAUGAAGGAUAUUAUAAUCGAUCUGUCCAAAAUGGAAAUGGAAAAAGUUCUCUCCAAACAGAGUUUGGAGCACCAGAUUCAAAUCGAAGCCGAAGAAGACGUCCUGGAUGACGACGAUGUUACUGUUUAA